CCGCUUUUCGCUAUGGCCCCAAACACAGAUAUUGCAACCCGUGCCUUAGUUGUGGCCCUUAAGGCACCUUGUAGCAGUAAGACUACUGCUCAGGUAGCUAGUAUCACAGGGCUUUCAACCCGUCAGGUCAACCGUAUCUAUGCACGCGCAAUCGAACGAGGAUUUGACCCAAAUCUCGUACCGCUGACCUUACGAGAUGAAUACCUUGAAGAUGCACCUCGAUCUGGCCGGCCUUCGAAGCAGACGAUAGAGACGAAAGACCUGAUUAUCGCCAAGGUUAGCCGGGACCGCUUUGGAAGGGAGAAAUCAGCUGCUGAUAUUGCGGGUGAGCUUAGCUUGCAAGGCAUCAAUAUCUCCCAGUCAACAGUCAGAUCAAUCCUCAAGGCGUCAGGCUACCGCAAGACCAAGCCGACGAGGAAGCCUGGAUUGACGAAGAAGAUGAAGAAAGAGCGGCUUGACUGGUGUAUAGCCCAUCGCGACUGGACUAUAGAGGAUUGGAAGAAUGUCAUCUGGUCAGAUGAAACGUCAAUCAUCUUACUACACCGCCGCGGGGGCUAUCGCGUGUGGAGGAAAGCCGACGAACGCUUCCUCCGCAGCUGUAUUCGCGAGAGGUGGAAGGGCGCCAGCGAGUUCAUGUUCUGGGCCGCCUUUUCGUACGAUAAGAAGGGACCUUGUCAUUGCUGGGCACCAGAGACUGCGAAAGAGAAGAAGGAAGCCGCCGAGGCGGUGGAGAAGAUGAAUGAGGAGCUUGAGCCGCUGAUGAGAAGUGAGUGGGAGAUUUCGAAUGGGAUGAGGAGGCUUCACUUGCGGCAGCUGCCCGGGCCAAAGCCACAAUGGAAGUGGGAUAAGGGGCACGGCAAGCUGACGAGAAGCUCGAAAGGAGGCAUCGAUUGGUACCGCUAUCAGACCUCGAUCUUGAUCCCGAAGCUGCUUCCUUUUGCGAAGGAAUGUGCCAAAGAGAGGCCCGGCACGAUCGUACAGGAAGAUAAGGCGCCGGCACAUAGUCAUCAUAUUCAACAGCGCAUUUAUGACCUCUUUGAGGUUCAAAGGAUGCUUUGGUGCGGCAACUCGCCUGACCUCAACGCGAUUGAGCCUGCCUGGCCGUAUUUGAAGAGGGCAACUACGAAGAAAGGCGCUCCGAAGAGCCGGCAGGAAGCUAUUCGAGCUUGGGAGAAGGCUUGGGCUGAGCUGCCGCAAGAGAAGAUCCAAGCCUGGAUAGAGAGAAUCCCCUCACAUAUCAGAAAAAUCAUUGAGCUUGAAGGAGGAAAUGAGUAUAAAGAAGGCAGAGAUAUUCCUCAUAGUAAUUGGCUGUGA